ACGGGAUGCGUGGAUCAGCUGCAGGAUGUAACCAACUUUCUAAAUAUGGCCGCGUAAUGCGUGUUAAGUGUCGAAGUUAGGAAUGUUAUAGUAAUGGUAUGAUUAAUUUCGUACUGUAAAUACAGGUAAUGAGCUGUUUUUGAUUAAAUUUAAUUCAGUUUAUAUAUUACAUUAGUCACAAGAUGACGUCAAAGUUAAAGAGUUCUGAAAAGAAUGGUGCAACAAUAAAGUCGCAGGCCCUGGAUUCAGUUUGGACAAGGGCAUUCACAUCUAAUUCAGAAUGGCCAGAUAAGGAGGAGUUCUUGGAUGUAAUUUAUUGGUCAAGACAGGCUCUAGGAAUAAUUAUUGGCUUGCUGUGGGGUCUCAUUCCAUUAAAGGGCUUCAUUGCAUUGUUAUUGUUUGUCCUGGUGAACGCUGGAUUAAUUUACAUAUAUUUCACAAAUUUUCAAAGCGUGGAUGAAGAAGAAUAUGGAGGUGCAUGGGAAUUGACAAAAGAAGGUUUUAUGACAUCAUUCGCAGGAUUUUUGGUUACAUGGAUAAUAAUAUAUUCAGGAUUACACUUUGAAUAAUCUAGGUGUGAUGAAUUUUUCACGGGUAAUGGGAAUUGUGAUGGGAAUUUUCUUGUGUUAUUUUAUAUUGAAGACAUCUGUAUGAAGUUUAUUGAAUAAACUGUAGUGAUAAUUGUUGUCAAGCUUACAUUGUAGAUGUACAUUCAUAUAUUCCACUACGUGGUAUUUGUUCUACAAUGAGAACAUUUCUAAAAAAUAAAUUAUAUUCAUCA